AUGGCACAGGCGGGGGCAUCAUACAAUAACCCAUUAAAGAAGUACAAACUAGUUUUUCUAGGCGAACAAAGUGUGGGGAAAACUUCUCUGAUAACGAGAUUUAUGUACGAUUCCUUCGAUAAUAUGUAUCAAGCCACGAUAGGGAUAGACUUUCUAUCGAAAACAAUGUAUUUAGAAGAUCGGACUGUCCGAUUACAGCUAUGGGAUACGGCCGGGCAAGAAAGAUUCCGAAGCUUGAUACCCUCUUAUAUUCGUGAUUCAAGCGUCGCAGUAGUUGUAUUUGACAUCUCAAGCGCCAAAUCAUUCGAAAACACGCGAAAAUGGGUCGACGAUGUGCGAGGUGAACGUGGCAACGACGUCAUUAUAGUUCUCGUGGGCAACAAAACUGACUUAAAUGAUAAACGCGAAGUGACCACAGCACAAGGAGAAGAGGAGGCAAAGAAAAACAAUCUAAUGUUUAUCGAGACAAGCGCUAAAUUAGGACACAAUGUCAAAAAUCUUUUCCGAAGGAUUGCGCAGGCACUACCUGGUAUGGAUACAGCAGAGGCAAAUGUUGCUACAGGAAACCAAGUCAUCGAUGUGAACAUUAAUCCGUCAUCGACAAGCCAAGAUGGGUGUGCUUGUUAG